CAUGGCGGCACCCAUCGUGUGUUUUUACCGGGUUUUUCAUUUCCACUUUUUAUAACAAAUAUUUUCAGAACUUGAGAUACAUGAGUUGGAAAUUUUGCUGUGCAUUUUGAAGCAAUCGUCCUCUUCUGUCCACACCAUGAAACAUUCGUAGGAAAUGCUGACGAGCCUACAAAUACGACGAGUAUUACGCUGACGUCGACUCACCCUUGUGCUCAAGUGUCGCUCUUGCGAAUGUGACAAUGUCAGCGAAAAACCUUGCUACUACUGCUGCGAAAUCAGCGUCGUACAAUAUCAUACUGCAGGUGGCUACGAGGAUAUUGACGUUCGUUCUCAACGCCUAUAUUUUGCGUCACAUAAGCAAAAAUGUCCUGGGCGUUAUAAACGUCCGCCUCGUACUUCUCUACACUACCGUGCAAUUCCUCAGCAGAGAAGGAUUCCGACGAGCUUGCCUUAGCAACAGUAAAGCACACGACUGGUCCGCGGUGAUAAACCUCGUCUGGCUGUGCCUGCCAGUGUCCGCCGUCAUCGGGGUUCCGCUGGGCUGCCUGUGGAUAUUCGUGCUUCGUACUCCGGACCCUGAAGUUAUGCCUAACUACACUAUGGGAGUGUGCACGACUGUGACAUGUGUUAUGAUCGAGCUGCUUGCCGAGCCGCUCUAUAUUAUUGGCCAAGCGUUCCAUUACGUCAGGCUCAAGGUGUUCAUAGAAGGCGGUUCUCUAGCGUUACGCUGCAUCCUAAUGUCCGUUCUUAUAACAUUAUACCCGAGCUCAGCUAUCAAGGUUUUUAGUGUUUCACAAAUAGCAGCGUCGAUGUUCUACACGUGCGCAUUUUACGUGUACUUUUACGUCGAAAUUGGCUCGUCGGCACAGAAAAAGGCGAACCCGUUACCAAUCAAGUCGCUCGCCAGCCUUGUACCUGUGUAUCGUCCGAGUAAAUACAAGAUAGAGUCGUCAACUGCACGACUUACCUGGAGCUUCAUGAAGCAAACUGUCAUCAAGCAAGUGCUCACCGAAGGCGAGAGAUACGUGAUGACCCUUUUCAAUGUGCUCACGUUUGCAGAGGAAGGAGUAUAUGACGCCGUCAACAACCUUGGAUCUCUAGCAGCGAGGUUUAUAUUUCAACCCAUCGAAGAGAGCGGUUACCUGUUCUUUGCCCAGGUCCUGAAACGGGAUGUGGACGUAUCGAACCAAGAGGCGGAAGAUGUCACGCUGAGCGCGAGCGUCCUCGAGCAGCUGCUCAAAUUGAUGACCCUUCUUGGGACCAUCAUCCUAACCUUUGGGCAGUCCUACUCCACGCUGCUGCUGCACCUGUACGGAGGCACCGUCCUCAGCGAAGGAGUCGGGCCAUCGUUGAUGAGGUGGCACUGCGGUUACGUGCUGUUCCUGGCGUUGAACGGCAUCGUGGAGUGUUUUGUGUUUGCAGCCAUGACAAAAAACGACCUAGACAGGCACAGCCGCAGACUGGCAAUGUUUUCUGUGUUGUUUCUCGCAGCCUCCUAUUGCUUCACUUUGUAUUUUGGAAGCGUGGGAUUUAUAAUGGCAAACUGCCUCAAUAUGGCUGCACGCAUCGUGCAUGGUUUGUUGUUCAUCAAAGGUUAUUACAAACAGACUGCCCACAGGCCGCUGAGAGGGAUAUUUCCACAUCGAGCUGUGUUGCUGACGUGCGCCUUAGCUUUCGUUGUAACUUCAGUAUCGCAGCUCUUGUUCUGUUGCAGCAAAGGCGCGUUAAUGUGGGUGAUCCACGUGGCAUUCGGAGCGAUUUGCUUUCUGCUGGUUAUGUUCAGUAUCUUUAUAAAAGAAAGGCCUCUGAUUACGUUCUUAAGUACAUUUUAUCGAGGUAGAGCGAAAGAUCAGAGGGAGGCAAAAAUGAAGUGAUAUGCUGUUGUUCAUGACAGCCACGAUAUUAAACUGACUUCACAAAAUAAACUGAUCAGCAUAGGUGGUGAGUUUCCAAUCUGCUGAAUGGAGUAGUGUGUCGGGCAUUGCAUGUUGUGAUGGUGAGACAAAUUUUUGAAGGAUUUCGACGUUCAUACGCACGAAAUAUGCAGUUCUUAGGCUUCCACAAUGUAAAAGCCCGAGCCUGGGCACACAGAGGGAAGACACGAAAAAGCUCUUAUGUUAUUACAUUUUAUAUUAUCGUAACAUUUUAUUACAUUUAUUUUACAUUAUGGAGUUGACCCACCAACUGGCCUGCAUAUACACCAUCUUGUCAGUUCUUAGCAGAGUUCGACGUAACUCGUUACUGUAACUAAGUUUCUUUUUUCUGUAACUUACCUCGAUAUUUCCGCACCGUGGUAACAUGAAAGGACUCUCUUCUUUUUCAGGUAACUUUGCCAAAGUAUCUUGAGCUAAGUUCCAAGUUACUUUUAAUUCGCUUUUCACUCACGUCCACAUAUUUUCUUGCUUUCUCUAUGGAUCUGUCAUGGCAUUUUAUGCUAUAAGAUGUGAUGUCAAUCAAUGACAGUGUUCUAUUCAGAAGCUGAAUCAUUUUGCACCCACAGGGAGUAAGAUGCAAAGCGUUCGAAUUGUUGGACAUCAACGAAAACGAUCUAAGAGUGUUGCACUCCUCCACUGGCAACUUGACGUUGAACUCAACUGCUCAUGCGCGCUGCACCUGUGUAGUGCUAUUUUGUGUCCGAAGUAACUUGGAAGUAACUCGUUCUUUUUUUCAAGUAACUUCGUAACUGCGAGUUACGUUUCAGGCUGAAGAACUUCGUUACUUACUUAUAUUUUUCACACGGUAGCUUAGUUCGUAACGAGUUCUUUUUGAUGGGUAACUUCUCGAUUUAUGGUUCUUAGGAUAUCAAUUGAAACGUUCAUCUUGAGUUUCAGCUGGGCAGAUUUCUCAUCCACCCCUGUGAUGCUCCAGCCUCCCCCACACAAUCGACACCUAUUCAGUCAGUAAACUACAUUCCAUGUUGCCUUCUCUGGUUAUUAAAUCACAAUUUCAAAAGUGACGAAAUGCAUCUCCCUGGUUGGCCUGCAAGAAUGUUCUGUUAGGGACUGUUGUGUGUUUGUCUGUUGUGUAUACAAAGCAGUUAUUAGGAUCAUUAUGUGUUACUCCAAUAUCUGUUUAAUUAUAUUGUACACACUCUACUCCA